CCCUGCUGAAACAACCCUUCCCAUGGUCCUCAGUGACAGGAUCUCUCCUCCUGUGGCUCAGGGUGGCCACAUGCACUUGUCCUUCUCAUGCACCCUUGAGCAAUUUGCUUUAUUUCUUUUAUUUCCCGUGUUUGCUGCACUGUCUUCACUCUGGCUUUUCCCAUCCUCCUGAUUUCCUCAAAACUGGGAACAUGUCAGGUGCAUUUUUUCCAGAGAAUAUCCCUAAGGGCAACUCUUAAAUAAUCCUCUCGAUGAAGAGGAAACCAGAAGGGUUGGGGUAGAUUUCUAUAACCACGUUAUCACUUGGAGCUUUGAGAGCUGGCAGGAGUUGCAAUCGAUGUGUGUGUUUCUCCUGCAGAAUAAACAGCCUUGCGAGGACUUUGGCAAGCGGAGCCGGAGCCGUCUCUCCGAGGCCAUGGUAUAGUUUGUUUUCUGGGACAAAGACUACUUAGACAUCUGGAUUGCAUUGGGGAUUUUAGGGGAGAGAUAAAUUAUUAGUUUGCUGUGAAUGGAGAAUGACUCUGAUUGCUCUGCGAGCAUGCUUUUGCCAGCUCACUGCUGCACGGGCUGAAUUCACGUUCUCGUACUUCAGGAAGAGAAACAGCAACUGUGGAGGCUGUUGGCCGUGUCCUGGGAACAGGGGGGCUGAGCAGACCUUUCCCGACCUUCUGGUGUGCUGAGAAAACAUGCUCAUUUUAUGGGCAGUUAAUUUAUAGAAAGUUCCUGUUUAAAUUUCCUCCAAGGGCCGUAAAACCGGAGGACAGCUGCACGCAUUAGCCAGCUAAUCAAACGCUGCUCACCCCUGCCUUGCCCUCCCCUUCUCCUCACCACCACUAACUUUGGGCUGCUUCGUGUGAGUGAGUGUGGCAGUUUUGGGAAAUACACUCAAAAACUGUCUGCAGAGGAGUGGCUGGUGCUCCCAGGGUUUGGGGUGUCCCUUCUGAGCCAAGGCUCUCGGGACUGGGCUGUUCCCCAGGAGCGUCCAAGGUCAGUCAGAUUUUGUAUCGUGCUCUCCCUGAUUUAUAAAGGCUCUGCUGUGCUCUCUGCCCUAAGGAGUGGUGCUGCCUGCCACGGAAAUAUCCACCCUGGACUGAAAUAAAAACUUUGUUCACAUUUUGCUCCUCUUCCAGGCGUGGGGGAAAGCUGCAAUUGUUUCCUGCUGCCUCCUCCCUCCUUCCCCAAAGACUGCAAAUAAGUAAAACCUCAUAGAUUUGUUUGCAGUUGUGUCCAAGUUCAUCUUUUGGUGGAAGGAAAUCACUUUAGAUGGAUGCUGGGGCACCCGAGCUCCAGAAAUGCGACUUUUCCUUGGCUCCCUGCAGCAACCAGCCUGGUAGGAUAUCAGCAUGGGUUCCCAGGACUCCUAGGAUGAGGCUGCUGUGAAGGACUGGUGGAUCCCCUGCCUGUGCUGUGGUGCCUGCAGAUUCCCUGCGAUCCCCUUUCCAGCUGGAGCACCAUUGCCAAGGCUGCUGGGAAGAAUGACUGUUGGAUGCCUACUGCAACCCCCUGUCCUGGGGAGGACUUGGCUCCCCGUGCUGCUGCUGGCAGCCUCUGCUCACUGCCACUGGCCCAGUGAGGCAGCAGAAGUGGUUCGGGACUGGGAGAACCAGCUGGAGGCCUCCAUGCACUCGGUGCUGUCGGAGCUGCGGGAGACUGUGCCAGCUGUGGUGGGCAUUCCCGACAGCUCUGCCGUGGUGGGACGCUACUUCAGAGUCUCCAUCCCCACAGAUUUAAUUGCUUCCAAUGGAGAAGUUGUCCAGAUCUCGGAAGCUGGGAAGGACUCCUUGCCUUCUUGGUUGCACUGGAAUGCAGAGAGCAGCUCCCUGGAAGGGCUGCCCCUUGACACGGACAAGGGUGUCCACUACAUCUCGGUGACUACUCUGCAGCCCUUCCCGAAUGGGAGCUACGUCCCACAGACCACAAACGUCUUCUCUGUUGAGGUCCAUCAAGAAGACCACAACGAGCCUCAGUCGCUGCGAGUGGCCGUCCAAGACACGAGUGACACAGCGCCCUUCGUGUGCGGCUCGGAAGAGCCAGUCACUAUCCUGACUGUCAUUCUGGAUGCCGACUUAACAAAAAUGACACCAAAGCAGAGGAUUGAACUCUUAAACAGAAUGAGAAGCUUUUCAGAGGUGGAACUUCACAACAUGAAGUUGGUUCCUGUUGUAAAUAACAGACUCUUUGACAUGUCUGCCUUCAUGGCUGGACCAGGAAAUGCAAAGAAGGUGGUGGAAAACGGGGCCUUACUCUCAUGGAAACUGGGAUGUUCCCUGAGCCAAAACAGUGUCCCCAACAUCAGCAAGGUGGAGGCUCCAGCUAAGGAAGGAACCAUGUCUGCCCGCCUUGGCUACCCCGUUGUUGGCUGGCACAUUGCUAACAAGAAACCUCACCUCCCAAAGAGGAUGCGGCGUCAGAUCAACGCCACCCCUACGCCUUUGACUGCCAUCGGGCCACCCACCACUGCUGCACAAGAGCCACCCACCAGGAUUGUCCCCACCCCAACGUCACCUGCCAUCGCACCUCCCACAGAGACAAUGGCACCCCCCGUCCGGGAGCCCAUUCCGCUGCCGAGGAAGCCAACAGUCACCAUCAGAACCAGAGGCCCCAUUGUCCAGACGCCCACGCUGGGGCCGAUCCAGCCAACCCGGGUAGCAGAAGGCACGGGCACGGCCUCCGUGCCGAUUCGCCCCACGAUGCCUGGGUAUGUAGAGCCCACAGCAGUGAUCACACCACCCUCGACUACCACCAAGAAACCGAGAGUCUCCACCCUGAAGCCAGCCACACCGUCCACCACAGAUUCCUCCACGGCAAUAACACGAAGGCCUACCCGAAGGCCCAAAACACCCCGUCCAACAAAGCCUCCCAGCACAACCAGAUCUCCCAUCUCCAAGCUGACAACAGCCUCUCCGCCGUCCCGUGUGCGCACCACGGCCAGCGGGCUGCCCCGGCCCUGGGAGCCCAACGAGCCACCCAAGCUGACCAACCACAUCGACAGGGUCGACGCGUGGGAGGGCACCUACUUCGAGGUUAAGAUACCCUCGGAUACCUUCUACGACAAGGAAGACACCACCACCGACAAGCUGCAGCUGACCUUGAAGCUGAAGGAGCAGCAGAUGAUUGAGGAGAAUUCAUGGGUGCAGUUCAACAGCACCAGCCAGCUCAUGUAUGGCAUGCCAGACCACAACCACAUUGGGAAGCACGAAUACUUCAUGUAUGCCACCGACAAGGGUGGGCUUUUUGCCGUGGAUGCUUUUGAAAUCCAUGUCCACAAACAUCCACAUGGGGACAAGUCUCCGGUGAAGUUCAAGGCCAGGCUGGAAGGAGACCAUAAUGCAGUGGCGAAUGACAUCCAUAAGAAGAUCAUGCUGGUGAAGAAGCUGGCCCUGGCAUUCGGCGAUAGGAACAGCAGCACAAUCACAGUGCAGGACAUCAGCAAAGGCUCCAUCGUAGUGGAGUGGACCAACAACACACUGCCCCUGGAGCCUUGCCCUCGGGAGCAGAUCCGGACUUUGAGCAAAAAAAUUGCAGAUGACUCUGGCAGGCCGAGCCCAGCUUUCUCUAAUGUCCUGCAGCCUGAGUUCAAGCCUCUAAAUGUGUCUGUGGUUGGUUCCGGCAGCUGCAGGCACAUCCAGUUUGUCCCUGUGACCAAGGAUGGCAGGGUGAUCUCAGAGGCGACGCCAACGGUGGCAGCAGGCAAAGACCCUGAGAAGAGCAGCGAGGAUGAUGUGUACCUGCACACUGUCAUCCCUGCCGUGGUGGUGGCCGCCAUCCUCCUCGUGGCUGGCAUCAUUGCCAUGAUCUGCUACCGCAAGAAGAGGAAAGGCAAGCUGACCAUCGAAGACCAGGCCACCUUCAUAAAGAAAGGCGUGCCCAUCAUUUUCGCCGACGAGCUGGACGACUCCAAGCCCCCACCGUCCUCCAGCAUGCCCCUCAUCCUCCAGGAGGAGAAAGCCCCACUGCCCCCUCCAGAGUACCCCAACCAGAGCAUGCCGGAGACCACGCCGCUCAACCAGGACACCAUCGGGGAGUACACUCCGCUGCGGGACGAGGACCCCAACGCGCCACCCUACCAGCCUCCCCCCCCCUUCACUGCACCCAUGGAGGGGAAAGGCUCCCGCCCGAAGAACAUGACCCCGUACAGGUCCCCACCGCCCUACGUCCCCCCUUAACAAAUGGGAGGCUCUCGGGGGAGAAGGGGCCUCCAGCUCCACACCGGUGCUGUCUGUGGGCCGGCAGCCCCCUCGCCAGCCGGGAACACAAAACCCCAGCCCGCUCCCCAGCAGGCUCUCCCCGGCUGCUCCCGCUGCACCGGAGCGCUCGCGGGACUCGGGGGGACACUUGUUUUAUUUUUGCCUAACAAGCUUUGGUUUUAUUUUAUUCAUAGAAAAAAAUUCUCGGCUCAAAGACGCCUUCCCGGCGGCUGGGCUUCGGCCGGGGCCGGGGCGGUGGGCAGGGAGGGGGGUCGGGACGGGUCGGGCCGGGUCGGGAGGAGCAGGCAGCACUGGGGUAGCACUCUGGGUCUCCGCUGUUUGCCUUUAACACUAACUGUACUGUUUUUUCUAUUCACGUGUGUCUAGCUACAGGACGUAACAUGAAAGGUAGCCUAAAAAUAAUUAAAUUCAAGGGACUUUCUGAAG